AUGGCCGACCGCCGCUGCCGCUUGCCGAGGCCGAAGAAGAUCUGGACUCCGCCGGUCCCGUCAUGCUCCAGCAAGCUCCGACAAAUGAGGAUGAUCACCGAAGGAGAAGCUUUGCUCCCGUCGCCUCUGAUUCGCCUGAGAGAGAGAGAACAGAGGAAGAGAGGGGGAGAAGGAGUUAGCGGGAGCGACGAACGGCUCGCCGUUCCGGCCGUCAUCUCCGUCCUCUCAGCUGUCCUCCUGCGGCUGGUGGAGCGCAAGCUCUCCGCGGCCUUCCAGGGCGUGCGGAAGCCGUCCAUCUCGGUGCGCCACUACCUGGUGCGCAUCUUCCGCUACGCCUGCUGCAGCCCCUCCUGCUACGUCGUCGCGUACAUAUACCUCAACAGCUUCGCCGGCAGCCGCCAAGCCGUUGCCCUCGACUCCUUCAACGUCCACCGCCUCCUCAUCACCAGCGUCCUCACCGCCGUCAAAUUCAUGGACGACAUGUAUGUAUCUAAAUGCCAUCCUCCUCAAGAAACAGAGCAAUUAGCUCUUGGAAUUAACAAUUGCAUUGCUCAAUUAUGA